AUGCGAGAGAUGUUGCAAGCUUUAACCUUCAGGUUUGAGGUUCCACAAGUGACCGUGAUUUCAGAGACCACGGGCCCAGCAGUGGAAGUCCCACCUCAGAGGACGUUACCCUCAACCCUUCCUCCAUAUGGGCUACCCUAUGAUUUCGUCCCCCGAGCGGAGGUGGUGCAUGAAAUGGGGCAAUCUGUCCAACAAGCUGUGCCAUUACCAGUUUACACCGACGCACGUCCAGUCAUCCAUACUGUGGUUCCACCAGCCGCCUAUGCUAGGCAUGUUCCUCAUUAUGAAGAUCAAAACCACAUGUAUCAAACUGUUGACUCAACUGUCGCUGGUGACGAAGUAAGGUUUGAGGACUUCAGGGAGGUAAAGGAGAACAUGCAGCUCCUUGAGAAGAAAUUCCGAGAUCUAGAAGGAGACCACGUCUUUGGAUCUGCUGCCAAAGAAAUGUGCCUUGUAUCCGGGUUGGUGAUUCCAGCAAAAUUCAAAACUCCGGACUUCGACAAAUACAAGGGGCAUACUUGUCCAAAAAGCCAUCUCAUCAUGUAUUACCGUAAAAUGGCUGUACACGUGGAGGACGACAAGCUAAUGAUCCACUGUUUUCAGGACAGCUUAAGUGGGGCUCCUUCCAAAUGGUAUCUAAGUCUGGAUCAGAACAGGAUCAGGUGUUUCCAAGACCUGUCAGACGCGUUCAUAAAACAUUACAAAUAUAAUAUGGACAUGGCGCCUGACAGAAGACAGUUGCAGAGCAUGUUCCAACAUGACAGUGAGUCCUUCAAGGAGUAUGCUCAAAGAUGGAGGGAACUGGCUUCUCAGGUUGAACCACCUCUUGCUGAGAAAGAAUUGGCCGAACUGUUUAUCGACACUGUCCAGCCUCAAUUCUAUAAGAAGAUGGUUGGAAGUGCUUCUUUGGGAUUCUCCGAGCUUGUUGCUAUAGGAGCUCGCGUGGAAUAUGGUGUAAGGAAUGGCAAACUAUCGGCUGUAGCUGGAACUUCAAAUGCUAAUCCAAAGAAGUUCUCUGGAGGGUUUCCCAGGAAGAAAGAGGGGGAAACAAAUGCCGUGACUGCUGGUCAAGGAAGAGUUCCUCCAAGGAGGAGACCACAACAAUACUCACCUCAACAAUAUGUUCAACAACCGAUUCCCUAUCAACCACCCAUGUAUCCCGUCCAGUAUGCUCCGCAACGAUACGUGGUUGUCGUGACGCCUGCAUUCAAUCAACAACCUUCUCAGGCUUAUCAAGCGCCUCCAGCGUAUCAACCAGCUCUAGUUCAACAACGUGCUGCGGCUCCGCCAACUUAUCAACAAGCACCAUCAGCUCCUGUUUAUCAACAACCGAGAGCUCAAGCGCCGAGGCAAAAUGCUCAAAACCAGAAUAGAAGGCAAAGGGAGAGGGUGACCUUCAAUCCAAUCCCAAUGUCAUACACUGAGUUCUAUCCCUCCCUAUUGCAAAAGGGGUUGGUGGUUCCCAGACCUAUGGGACCUCCACCUGAUCGUCUGCCUCCGUGGUACAACCCUAAUGCACACUGCCCUUUUCAUGAAGGUGCCCCCGGGCAUGACUUAGAGGGUUGUUACGCUCUGAAGCAUAGGGUUCGGGAAUUGAUUGAGAGCAAGAUCUUGUCUUUUAAAGAUAUGGGACCGAAUGUGAAGAACAAUCCCCUUCCUCUCCAUGAAAAUCCUGGAGUCAACGCCAUUGAAGACGCUUCUGUUGGUGUUACGGUUGAUAAGGUGGAGGAUGUUAAGACUCCUUUGGCAGCAUUCCAUGCACGAUUGGUGGAAGCUGGCCUGGUUAAUGUUGAUCAUGACAACUGUGAAGAGUGUGCCACACACCCAAGAGGAUGUCAGGUGGUACGAGACAAUAUCCAAAACUUGAUGAAUGAAGGAGUGCUUCAAAUAUCCAGUGCUGUGAAGAACUAG